CCAAUUAUUGUCGUCUGUUUUUUGAUUUUUUUUGAAGUAACUUCGUUGUCUGAUCACUCGAAAGUUACUUUAAAUUUUAAUACACUUUUUCUUUGAAUCAUUCUUUUUGUUGUCAUUUCUUUUUUCACUCUUAUUUGCAUAUAUUUACAAGUAUAAUUGUGAUUAAUUUAUUUUUUUGUUUCAAUCAUGGCAAGCGAACAAUUCUAAACCAUCGGAUCAGGAUGUUUGUGAUAUUCAAAAACGAUUAUUGUUAUCAAUGGCUUUGUAGCCGUCAACAAUCUUCAUCAACAAUUACUAUUAUCGAAGCAGAAGAAAAAGGUGAACAAAAAAAAGUAACGAUCAAUCAAUCGAUAGCAGCUAUUAAUAAAAGAAACAAAUGGAUCGACUUGCAAAAUUAUCCAAUUUAUCGUGUAAUAAUGAGCAAAUGGGAGGAUCUGGCUGCUCGUCAUCAUCAUCAUCAUUAUCGUUUCGACAGUCAUCGUCGAAUCAUAAUGGUCGAAUGAUUAAUCAAAACAAUAACAAUAAUAAUCAUGGUGGUAAUCGUAGUCAACGAUUUUCCAAUCACAAAAUUCGUAAUAGAGAACAUAAAUUCUCACAAUCAUCAUCAUUGUCGACGUCAUCGUCAUAUCGAAAUGGUAACAAUGGCAAAAACAACAACAACUUGGUGAAUAAAACACCUAAAAUAAUAUUGGCACCGGAUUAUUUAUCCAACGUCCACAAUGGUUAUAAUCCAUUGAAACGCUACAGUUACAAUCAUUAUGGUAAAGAACGUUUUGUACCAGAACGAUUUGUACAGGCAAAUUGUCAAUUUGUUAUUUCAUUUGAUGGCAAAAUUGAUAAUCAACAACAACAACAACAUUCAACAAAUUAUUCAACAGAAUGUUUUCAUAAUCCUGAUGCAUCGAUUCCAUGGGAAUCGAUUGAAGAGAUUUUAUUCACCUGUAAAAGUAAUGAUGAUCUUCAUUGUCCGAUUUGUUUACAUUAUCCCACCGCCGCCAAAAUAACACGUUGUGGUCACAUCUAUUGUUGGUCAUGUAUGCUUCAUUAUCUUUCGUUGAGCGAUAAAAAGUCUCGUCCUUGUCCAAUAUGUUUUCAUCAGAUUCAAAAAAAUGAAUUGAAAAGCGUGACUAUUGUUUCGAAACAGAAUUAUUCGACAGGCGAUUUGAUUACAUUUAAUCUAAUGAAAAUACGUAAAGGAUCAACAUUUGCUAUACCAAUCGAUUAUAAUGAUGAACAAUCUGAACAUACGAUUAAUGUUAAAAAUUUCAAUCAAACUUUGGAUUUGUUUCAUAAAGUAUUCAUUGCAUCUCGUGAACAAAAAUCCCGUUUAAUCGAACGUGAACAGAAUGAAUUACGACAAGAAUUGCUGGAAUAUCAAGCAGAUAAUAUGCCCGAAAUAUGUUUCGUUGAAAAUGCAUUGGAAGAUUUGGCUAUGCGUAAAUCGAUUUUGGAUGCUGCAAAUCAUUCACAGAUAGAGGAUGAAUCAUUAUUAUUGAAUUUAACAUUGCUUGAAUUGAACAAACCUACCAUUUCUGGUGAUUAUCAUUAUUUCUAUCAAUCAGCUGAUGGUCAACAUAUUUAUCCGCAUUCGAUUAAUGUACGAAUGUUGAAACAUCAAUAUCAAGAAUUACGAUUCUGUCCACCGGUCAUCACUGGUAAAGUAAUUGAAUUACAUCGUCAAACCAUAACGGAAGAUAUUCGUAAACGUUUCGCUCAUCUACGACAUCUUCCAUUGUCUUGUGAAUUUAUCAUUGCUGAAUUGGAAUUCAAUGAUAACGAAAAUAUUGUAUCAACAGAAACUAUUGAACAAUUUCGUACGGAAAUAAAGAACCGACAACGAGAACGUAAACGCCGUGAAAAGGCACAGAAUAUCCGUGAUCGUAAUAUUGAAAUUGAAAAUAAUAAAAAAUAUCUCAAUCUUCAUCCAUUGCCCAAUUUUUCGAUGACCGAUGCUGAUUUUCAACCAUUGGAAAAUGAUGAUACAACAACAUUUACAUUAGGUGAUCAUGGUUCAUCAUCAUCAUCAUCGGAUACAACAACAACACCACCAUCAUCAUCACCACCACAGCAACAAUCAUCAUUUCAGUCAUCAUUUGCCAAUAUGUUGAUGGCCACUGGUGGUAGUAAAAAGAUACAAUUCAAUGAAACCAAAUGUCGACAGAAAUCAUCAUCGAAAAACGAAAUGGCCAAUGUCAAUAAUGAUGAUGACAAUGAUUAUGAAAAUGGUGAGCAACGGGUAGCCCAUUUGGAUCUAACAUUAAGCGAUUAUUUUGAUCAAUGUGUUCGUGUUGGCAAUAGCUGUGAGGUUAGUAUUGGUCGUAAUGGUAGUGGUAAAAAACAAAAGAAAAAGAAUCGAAAUAAAUAAUCAUCAUAGAAAUUCUUCAAAAAAAUUUGUUUUUUGAUUGGACGAUCUUCUUUGUGUCUCAAUAGUUUAUUUUCAUUGAAUCCGAAAUAAAGAACUGAUCAUCAUUGAAUUUAUAA